GCCACAACGGUUUCUUAUUGGCUACUAUGUUCUGUCCGUUCAUCUACUUCGGUGGCAUUGUAUGAAACCUCUGGCAGAAAGAACCUGCGACCAGAAGGGCAUGCCGUUAGCCGAAUGGGCACCCAGCCAAUUUGGCAGAACUGGCGCUAAGUUUAGCCGGAUAGUGCUACCCCUAGGCGCUCAGGAGGGGAAAGCAAUGGGCCCGGCGCAUGUUCUAUAACUAUAGUAUUUUGGCGCAUUCGUGUGGGAGGCCGUCAUUUUUGGACGGUGGCGGAAACAUCAAGAAUGAAGAGAAGAGAGCACAACAAAGCUUUACUUCCUUCUAGAUAAAUUAUUG